AGGCAGGUACCAGCGGCCGUGCCCGCCCGGCCUCCCUCCCUUCCUUCCUUUCUUCCAGCCAAAGUUCAACAUUCAGCAGCAGCAGCAGCAGCAGCAGCACCAGCAGCACCAGCAUGGUCCCGGCGUACGGCGGCAUCAUCACCUCCUCUCUCCGCUUCUUCAGCGCCGCUCUGCUCAGGGCCUGUCGCCUGCACACCAGCGCGCCCAGAAAUGAUGCGGUGGUCAUCUCGGGGAGAAGGCUGGCCAGGCAGAUCCGGGGAGAAGCCAAGCUCGACGUUGAGAACUGGGUGGCUGAUGGGAACAGGAGGCCACAUCUUAGCGUUAUCUUGGUGGGCGAGAACCCAGCCAGCCACUCCUACGUGAAGAACAAAACCAAAGCUGCUGCUGACGUGGGGAUCACGAGCGAGACCAUUCUGAAACCGACGAGCAUCACCGAGGAAGAGGUCCUGGAGUUGAUCACCAAGCUCAACAAUGACAGCAGAGUGGACGGGUUGCUGGUCCAGCUUCCUUUACCAGAACAUCUCGAUGAGCGCAAGAUCUGCAACGCCGUGUCUCCCACGAAAGAUGUGGACGGGUUUCACGUCAUCAACGUGGGCCGCAUGUGUCUCGACCAGAACUCCAUGUUGCCCGCCACGCCCUGGGGCGUGUGGGAAAUCAUCCAGCGCACAGGAAUUGCGACCCUCGGGAAGAACGUGGUAGUCGCUGGGCGGUCAAAGAACGUCGGGAUGCCCAUCGCCAUGCUGCUUCACACAGAUGGCGGGCACGAACGGCCAGGAGGUGAUGCCACUGUGACCAUCUCCCAUCGAUACACCCCCAAAGACCAGCUGAGGGAGCAUACAAAGCUUGCUGACAUUAUUGUGGCCGCAGCAGGUAUUCCCAACCUGAUCACCGCUGACAUGAUAAAAGAGGGAGCUGCUGUCAUUGAUGUUGGCAUCAACCGUGUACAAGACCCGGUCACUGGCAAGCCCAGACUUGUGGGGGACGUGGAUUUUGAAGGGGUGAAGAAGAAAGCCAGUUUCAUAACGCCAGUGCCAGGCGGGGUUGGCCCCAUGACGGUGGCUAUGCUGAUGAAGAACACCAUCAUAGCAGCCAAGAAGCUUCUGAAACAGCGGGAGAACUGAGCACCUUGUCGCCCGGUGCCCGCGCGGUGGAAUCGGGGCCCGCGGCCCCUGCUGAACAUUCCGAUGUACUUGUUUGCACCUCCCCGUAACAACGGCUGACAGCUGAGCAGUUGUUUCUUGCACUGUCCUUGAGGGAAUUGUGUUUUCCUGUUUACAGUGAUUGUAACUUAUUUGGGAGGACCUCGCUCCAGAGGUUAAGGAAUGUGCAAUUUUUAAACGUUUGUAACAAAGAGGCUUCCGGCGCCCACGCUAUUCUCGGCCAAUUGCUCGAGAUGUUCCAAUGAGAUGGGGGGGGGGGGGGGAAUAGCUUGUUUUAUCACCAGUUUGUUUUGAAGUUAUGGUGAGGAGACCAAAGUGGAGGGAAGGCCCAUUAUGCUUUGAAGGCUUCAGUGUCGGGGAAUCCGACGCGAUCCUCAAUGUGCAUCUCUUUAGGAAUGCCGUUAAGUAUACAUUGGCAUAAAAUAUUGGGAUCUUGCAUUGAAACGUUAAAUUAUCUUUAUCACUUGGCAGGAACCUGGUUUGGGGCCAGCGGAGAUGAAAUGAAGUGAGUGUUUGGAGUUCCGAUCUUGUGGUCAAUGCAGCCACAUGUCUUAACAGCCCAUAUUAAAAGCCACCCCUUGAGGUUGGAGAUUAGAUAUAUUAACAUUACAGCUCUUUGGUACACGCUGCAAUGGGAGCUUCUAGUGUUGGCCGAAGACCAAACGCUUCUCCUCUCCUGUUUAAGAAAGAACUGCGGAUGAAGGUAGACAUAAACGCUGGAGAAACUCAGCGGGUGAGGCAGCAUCUAUGAAGCGAAGGAUUUAGGUGACGUUUUGGUUCGAGGCCCUUCAUCAGACUCCGUCUGCUCAAAACCGUGCAGGCUGAGGAAAGCUCGAGAGUUUUAAACAAAAGCCGCCCCUCUGUCCCAGAAAGGCCCAUUGGCGCAGUGGGCUGCAGUCGUCCUCGUGUUUCUUGUUGUCAACUGAUGUUGUUGUGGCGCUUUUCACUUUGUCGCGCCAGUUGAAAGAAAAAACUGGGCCUAGUGGUCGGACGGGGCAGGGUUCACUUGCCAUAGCCGUCGAUCGAUUGUCACCACCAUUAUCGCUGAUCGAUAGUCAACAUCAUCAUUGCCAACGCCAUUAGCGUUGAUCAAUAGUCGCAAAGGGCGCCGAGCCUACAGGUUUGGCGGCCGAUUUGCGGGAUCGUUAUUGUGUUGACUUGGCGACUAGGCCGAACACUCCAGUAAAAACUGAAACCUCAUCGCUUUUGUCAUGUGUCCAAAUAUUGGCAAAGCAUAAUGUUUGACGUGCGUUGUUACGGGAAAUAAAGCUGUUAACUGUUCUAAA